AUGCCAAACCCCUUCGAGUUCAUUCGCCACAAAGUGCAACAACAUAACAUCAAGGUACUUGCGAAGAAAUGUAAUCAAGUGCUUCAAGACCCUGCUAUCGCAUCUCUUGUUCUCCGAGUCACAAAAAAGCAUAUCGAUAUGCCAGCCAUCGUGAUCCAGUGGAAUAACGCCGGAUUUAAUGAUGUUCCUACCUCACCCAAUAAUCGAAACGGAGUUAUUGGACAGGAUCAGAAUGCUAUAAUAAAUUUCAUGGUGGCAAAUGGAGCCACAAAUUAUCAUAAUACUGUCUUUAUGUUUCGAGACGCUCCAACACUUUCGGCAUGA